AUGGGGACACCGGGUGGCACUGUAGGAGGACCCAUCCCCGCCUGCUCUGUAGCCCCUGAGGUCAGGCUCCAGCUGCAGCCGCGCGGCCGGCCUGGCGCUGCGGAGAGAGCGCAGGAGCGGGGACAGCGGCGCUGCCAGCCCCGCGCGCUCCCCCCGCCGAGGCUGGGCCGCCGGGACGCGGAGCGCCGGGGCAGACAGCGAGUGGCGGGCCGGCGGAAGGACGCGCAGACUGCGGCGCAGGGGUUGGCCUACCCUCCAAGGAGUCACCAGCAGGCCCAGGGCCCCGGCCAGUGCCCAGCCCCGCUGGGAGCCCCGGCCAGCACCACGGACGGUGCCCAGGAAGCCCGAGUACCCCUGGACGGGGCCUUCUGGAUUCCAAGGCCCCCGGCAGGCUCACCCAAGGGUUGCUUUGCCUGCGUGUCCAAGCCCCCAGCCCUGCAGGCUCCUGCGGCCCCAGCCCCUGAGCCCUCAGCGUCGCCCCCCAUGGCGCCCACCCUGUUCCCCAUGGAGUCCAAGAGCAGCAAGGCUGACAGCGUGCGGGCCCCGGGCGCCCCCCAGGCCUGCAAGCACCUCGCCGAGAAGAAGACCAUGACAAACCCCACCACGGUCAUCGAAGUCUACCCAGACACCACCGAGGUCAACGAUUACUACCUGUGGUCCAUCUUCAACUUCGUCUACCUCAACUUCUGCUGCCUGGGCUUCAUCGCGCUGGCCUACUCCCUCAAAGUCCGGGACAAGAAGCUUCUCAACGACCUGAACGGAGCAGUGGAAGACGCCAAGACGGCCCGACUGUUCAACAUCACCAGCUCCGCCCUGGCGGCAUCCUGCAUCAUCCUUGUCCUCAUCUUCCUGCGGUACCCACUCUCCGACUACUAGGGCCCCGCCGGGCCCCGCUGGCCGUGGAGACAAAGCACUGAGACAUGUUCGUUGUCACGCCUGCCAUGACACGGGAUGCUGUGUGGUUGGGGCAGUUCAGGGCACGUGCCCUGGAGCCCCCCUAAAGCUGUGACCUGGGCAUCGAGGCCGUCAGAAUCUCUGCGCACUACGAGGGCGGGAGCUCGGGGCCAGCCCACACUCUCUGCCUCCUGACCCUCCGCCUCUGCCCGUGUCUGGGGUCUGUGUGGCUGCACCCUGGCUUCCACUGGCUGCCCUCCCUGGCCUUCUGUGCCCCCCCAAGACUCCUGGGGCCCCUCUGACUUGACACCUAGCAAGAAGGGCUUCUGUGGGAGCUUCCCAGUUUGGGGGGUGCUGCCAGCCUCUGGGGAUUCACUCUGUCUUCCCUGACCCCACCCCUCCGAGCUGUGACCCCGCUCGAGCUCUGUGUCUGUGAACUGUCAAUAAAGUACCUGUCUGGCCCCA